GAAUUAUCCAUUGCUGUUACAUGAAAAUAGGAAAUUGUGAAAAAAAACUGUGUCAUUAUAAAACAGUUAAGAACGUUGAACAUGGGUGAGGCAUUUUAUCCAACCAAUGAUGGUAAAUUUGGGAAUAUACAGAAGCUGUCUGACGUUGAAUUGCACGAUAUCAUUAGGAGACGGGAACAUUUACUGAAACGGAAAGCAUUCUUGAACUCGCUGCCAGACAAAGGUGCUAAGGCCAAGGGGAAGUUGGAAAUAUUGAACCAGGAAAGAGAGAGAAGAAAUUUACUGAAAGCUCAAAAAACACACAAGUGCACUGAACAAGUUGGUGAUAGUGAAGAACUUGCUGAAACAAUACAACAUCUGAGGAUUGGUGACCUUGGGGAUGAAGGUCAUGUUCAAGGCACCAAACACCAGUUCGAGAUAGUAGAGCAGAGGGCACAGGAAAAUAUGAAGGCUGGCAUGAGGCAAACCUUUAAACCCAACAGCAAUAUUCAUGCCGAGCAUGUCAAAGAUUUACCUGAGGAAAUCAGAAACCUCCAGCCCCACCCCCCUGAUCCAGCAAGGCGGUCCCAUGUUUCUGGUACUACUCAAGAUGUGAAGCUGGCAGAGUCUGCAGCUGUCCCACCGAACUACCGGUACUUAUCAGCACAGCCUAUCAGUCUCCAGGAGUCUCUAGACCUCCAGAAACAACAAAAGCUCAAAUAUCAGGAGCUUCAUGCUGAACUAACAGCAGAGAGACUGGCCCAGAGUCUGGGGAUAAAGAUGGACUCCUACACUCCCGAGGGCGUGGAUAUGAGUUACAGACAAAAACUAGAUGAAAAUAUCGACAGUGACGAUGAUGUAGAUAAUGAAAACACAGUGCCAGGCCUAACAAUGGGUGACUCAGACAGUGAACCGGAUGAGACUUGACACCGUGACUCAGCCACAUUGCUUAUCAGUUCGAACAUUGGUCAAAGUGCUGCUAUUGGAUUUGUGAUACAUGUGUGGGAUUUGUAAAUCUGCAAAUGUACAAGGGGCAAAAUAUAACGCAAAAUAUAACAAAUUUUGAUGUUAUUUAUUUUGAAAAAAAAUGUUCUGCUGAAGUUAGUCUUGAACUUGUUACUUAUAUGUGUAAUUGCAGUUCAUUUAUUUGUCUUUUACAUAUAAUACAUAGACGGUUGUAAACAUAUUGGCCAUAAGUUUUGCUUAAUCAAAAAUAUAAACAAUUAUCAUAACCAACAGAGGUUAGCAUGCAUGUUUACCAAAGAUGUGAUCUUAUUAUUAUGAUAAUAAAUAAAUGUGAUUUUAA